GAGAGCGUGCUUUCUGGUGACUCUGAAUCUUCGUCAGUAUUGUUGGGGCUGCUGCAUAAUCCUGAUUCAGUAUUCACAGGAGGUUUGGGGAGGACAUGAUAGCUCUUCCGCCUGUGUGUGCACAAACGCACUUGGCUUCCGCGGCUCCCUCGGCCUCGCUCGGUGCGGCGAAUCUGCCGUUGCGGCACGGUGGCUGGGCGCGCAAGGCCCCACGGGAAGCUGGAGGAAUCUGCUGUGGGAAGAAGGACGCCAGGUUUCUCGGGCAGCCACAGUCAUGGCGGCGACGGCCCCCAGUGCCGGGGGCUCCGCGACCGAGGCGGCGGCUUCCGCCGAAGCCCCGCUGCAGUACAGCCUUCUUCUGCAGUACCUGGUGGGUGACAAGCGUCAGCCCCGGCUCCUGGAGCCUGGGAGCUUGGGCGGGAUCCCGAGUCCGGCCAAGAGUGAGGAGCAGAAGAUGAUCGAGAGGGCGAUGGAAAGCUGCGCCUUCAAGGCGGCGCUGGCUUGCGUGGGAGGAUUUGUCUUGGGAGGUGCAUUUGGGGUGUUCACCGCCGGCAUUGAUACCAAUGUGGGCUUUGACCCUAAGGAUCCUUACCGUACGCCUACGGCAAGAGAAGUCCUUAAAGACAUGGGGCAGAGAGGAAUGUCCUACGCCAAAAAUUUUGCCAUUGUGGGCGCCAUGUUUUCUUGCACUGAGUGUUUGGUAGAAUCUUACCGAGGAAAAUCAGAUUGGAAGAACAGUGUCAUUAGUGGCUGCAUCACUGGAGGAGCCAUUGGUUUCAGAGGGUUCUUAGAUUUCUGCUCCUUGAAAACCAGAUGUAGGCAUUCUAGAAAUGGAUCGUCAGCUGUAAACAACAAAGAAAGAAACUGGUUCCCUGCCACCUCUCCCUAUUGGUGUGUCAUCAAGAGUGUGGUGCAGGGUGUCAAUGACUUAGUUUUCUUCACAGUGCCCAUUGCUGGGCCACUCGCCAUCUGCUAUGCCUGGACUUACCAAAGCAAAAAGCCUGUUUGCUCAUUUUCUGAGAGGCAGGAUGAUUUGCUAUCAUUAAAACCUGACUUUCCUCCUCAAACAGCCAUUUGUGAUUUAUGGAGUAACUUCCCCUUUGGGCUCCCAUCUCUCAGCUUUGUCAGGGCCUUUGAGAGGCUCGCCUCCCUCUAGGAUUGCUUUGAUCACCUUCCCAGGAAUUUACUCCAUAAACAAAUCAGGGGAACGGGCCAUAUGCUUUCACUUGAUUCCAAGGGCUGUUUCUCUUAACCAGUUUCCUGCCUGUGAGGGGCUAUUUUCAUGAGACUGGAAAUAGUAAUUGUUUGAAAUGAGAAAAGUUAAACGAAUGUACAGUUAGAUAAAAGCACACUGGGUCAGAUGGUGUGCACAGCUUCACUGAAGUCUUCCAGCUUUCUGCUAGGUUGAAGGAUUUAGAACACGUAUGCCGGUUUCUCUGCCUCCGUGGGUACCCAAACUUUUCCUGAGUGCAGCCUGACACACCAUCUAGCACCACAGGUAACGUCAUUUGUGUUUGCUUUACAGCUGGCUUAAAGGCUGGGGUCAUUGGUUGCGGAGGUUUUGCUGCUUUCUCUGCUGCGAUCGAUUAUUACCUGCGGUGAGAGCAAUUGCCUCCAGGGAAGGACGAUGCCAGCCCAGGAUCAGAGCUGUUCUGUGGAGGGUCUGCGCCAUUCCAGGGCACUUGCUUCAGAGACUGAAGACAUUUGUUUCCCCUCACCUAGCUGGUGUCGUGAGGGAGCCGCGUCUGCGCAGCCACACUCUCUGCUCCUGGCCUCCAGCCAGGCUGUGCGGAGCGUGUGCCACACCAGCCUCUCUCUUUCGGGCAGAUCAGGGGUCAGUGUGUUGACCUGUAGGGAUUGAGUUCACAGAGGUUCAGUGCUGACCACAACUGGCCCUCUGGUUGUUUGGUGCUGUGGGAAUGGAGAGGACUUUACAUGUACCCAGGAAGCUCUUCUACUGUGGACCUCCAUGCAGUCCUCCAUCUCACACAUCGGGGCAGGGCAGAGUGAAUUUAUGCCAUCCGACCAGUUAUGUCAUUUUGUCUAGUGUUCUGCUUCCUAGUUAAGAAAAAAAUAUAUAUGUAUUUAUAUUACAGUUUAAGAAGUUGGCUUAUUUUUAUUUUCAAAUUCUACAAUUCCCAAAAAUGGUACCAGGUGGCCCAAAGAUUGAACAUCCAAAGGGAAAGUGUGAGUAAGCUCCUGAGAAGUCUGGAAGUGUUAGCUUCCCAAGGUCUGCAGGGUAGCGUUAUCCUCACUGAGACUGUUGCAUUGGCCAGGGCCUUCCCCCGAAGAAGCCCAGCCCAGCCAUGUUCUAGGAUGAAUUGAAAUUCCACGCACAACCUCUGCUGGCCUCUUCUAAAAAGCCCUCCUGUGGGCUGGCCGAUGGGAAUGCCUACGGUCUAAACCACACACUGCUGUUCUG